GGAUGUGUCUGACAACGGAUUCUCAUCCUCCAUCCCUUCAGCUCUUGGCUUCCUCACACGAAUCACACGCCUCAAUCUCUCGAGCUGCUCUCUCACCGGCACUGUUCCCGGCAUGCUGAGCUACCUCACUCGCCUGAAAACCCUGGACCUGAGUUCCAAUGCCCUGAACGGCUCGCUUCCCCGCCUCCGCAGAUACAGUCUCCUCACGCAUCUCGACCUCAGUGCGAAUGCCUUCCAAGGCAAUGUCUCUCGAGGGCUGGGGAAGCUUCUGCAGCUGCAGCAUCU